CAUUGGUUUAAGAAGUGAGUCGGGGUCUAGGGACAAAACUAUAAAAGGUAAUUUUAAACAACAGAACGUUGGUUAUACAUAUGGAGGAUAGGGGGGGAUAUGGGAUAUUUCAGCCGCGUCCGUUUGCCCUUGAAUCAAGUUGAACAUAAACAAAGAGAGAAAAGUUAAACAGGAACUUCAACUUGAACGCACAUGAUUCUUACAGGUCUGACACACACCAAAAGGACAGGGAGGACAGAGAGAUCGAGGUAGAGAAGAGACAAGAGAGCCAUUUAUUUCUCACAGUCUUAAAAAACCGAUUGAACAGCGAGCAUCGGAGUGCGAGUUGCAUUAACUGCGCUGUCCGGUCAGACUGGAGUACGACCAGGUUGAACCAGUGUCGGUUAUGGGUGGAAAGGGGUAAAUUGGCGCUGGGGUGGGACUGAGAGGGUUUGUGGGCGGGACGAUAUGACAUCAGCGUUGCGAUUGGGUAGCGGGUGAGUCGGGGGGCGUUUCGAGGGCGGAUUCUGGUUAAAUAUUCAAUAUGGCGGAUGGCGACCCUGUAACUGGAAAUGAGAGUUCAGCCAAAGAGGGUAGAAUGAGCAGUCCAUCAGAAAAACCAGAGAGCAUCACAGGAAACGGAGGCGGAGACACAGCAACCCUGGUAAAUGGACUGGACAAUCAGAGGCAGGGUGUGCAGACCACAGGGGUCGUCGCCAACGCAUCUGCACAGUGUAAACCAGCAGACACAGCAAAUGGUACAGGCGGCAGCCAACAGGGAGCUCUCCCCCAGAAUCAGCUCCUGUUGGCUGGAGGACAGAUUGCUGGACUGGCUCUAAACCCCACACAACAGCAGCUGCUUCUCCAGCAGGCCCAGGCUCAGCUCUUGGCCGCAGCCAUGCAGCACUCGGCCGGCCAGCAGAGCAGCACAACGGGUGCAGCCCUCUCAGCGUCCGCAGCCACGCCCAUCACACAGGUCCCGCUGUCGCAGCCUGUCCAGAUCACACCUGAGCUCCUGCAGCAGCAGAAUUUGAACCUGCAGCAGUUUGUGUUACUCCAGUCGGGGCAGCCGGUCUCCACGCAGCUGCAGCCGGCACAGUUCAUCAUCUCGCCGGCGACAUCCCGCCACCAGGGUGUCCUGCAAGUCCCGACCCUCCUAACUCAGCUACCUCAAAGCGAAGCCAAGGGGUCGCACCCACAGCCGAGUGUUGCCCCAACAGCUCAGCAGGCCACAUCAACUCUCACUGUCGCAGCCAUGCCCAUUCAGCCACGCCCCCUGGUGGUGUCAAAGCCAUUGGACACACCCACUUUGGAGGAUCCCAGUGACCUGGAGGAGCUCGAGCUGUUUGCCAAGAGCUUCAAGCAGAGGAGGAUAAAACUGGGUUUCACUCAGGGAGAUGUGGGCCUUGAAAUGGGGAAGCUGUACGGGAACGACUUCAGCCAGACGACCAUCUCUCGCUUUGAGGCGCUCAACCUGAGCUUCAAGAACAUGUGCAAGCUAAAGCCGCUGCUGGAGAAGUGGCUCCACGAUGCAGAGAACCUGAGCUCAGAGCGCAGCCCCGGAGUGUUGGGUUCGCCUGCCCUGGGUGUCGAGGGCCUGAACCGGCGGCGCAAGAAGCGCACCAGCAUUGAAAGCAACAUGAGAGUGGCCUUAGAGAAGAGCUUCCGGGAGAACCAGAAACCUACCUCGGAGGACAUUGCUGUGAUCGCAUCUCAGCUGAACAUGGAAAGGGAGGUGGUUCGCGUGUGGUUCUGCAAUCGGCGCCAGAAGGAGAAGAGGAUCAACCCCUCCGGCAGCUGCAGUGCUGACAGUUCGCCGCUCAGAGAAGGCAUCCCGCCUUGCUCCCCUCCCUCGGUGUCAGAGAACCCAGCCCCACCCCCCACGAGCGCAGUGUCUUUUGGCUCCGCCCCCAUAGACACCACCCGCAGUGCGAUGACUGCAAACGCAACGUCCGUCAUCUCCGCGAGGACCCCCGGAGUGACAGCGGUCGCCCUCAGCACUUCCCCUGCAGGGGCGGGCCGGUCAGGUGACACGCCCCCGUCAACGAAGGCUCCUUUGACAUCAGCCGCCACCGUGGGCAGGGGGCACCUGAUGGCGACCGUGCCCAGCCUGUCUGCCUCCCUGCAGAGCUCUGGCUUGGCCACCAUGGCGCCAGCCAGCGGACUGGGUUCUGCUCUCAUUGGAGCAACCCAGUUCCCGGCAGGGGGCACCCUGCUUGCUGUUGCCCCCAGUGGGCUGAUGGGGGGUGGGACCCUGGCCACUAUCCAAGCGCUGGCAUCCAGCAGCUCUCUGCCCAUCACGUCUCUGGACCCCGGUGGGAACCUGAUGCUGUCCAGCACGCCCGCUGCCCUCCCAAGUCUGCUGCCGGCACCGCUCCUUCUCGGCCCACAGAACCUGUCCCUCCUCACAGGGAGCCUUGUGUCUGCAGGCGGGGCCAUGGGAGGGGCCAUCACCCUGCAGGUCACCCCCCACAGCACAACCACUGGCGCAUCAGUGCCCUCCAGCAGCGCUGUGGUCACCGCAUCCAGGACACAGUGAAGGGUGUGGCCAGACCCCACCCACUCGUGCACCAAAGAGAGAGAGGAACCUGAACUUGCUCACCUGUUGUAUUGAGCUUCCGCCUGCCCCCUGCUGGCCACAAGACCCUGUGUGUGUGUGUGUGUGUGUGUGUGUCUUUGCCCCCUCAGUCUGCUGCUGAAUCUGACUGGAGUUGUAACCAAAAAGUGAUCAGCAGCACUGGUGAGUCGAACAGCUUGACAUUGAUCAGUUCUGUUCGUGUGUGUGUGUGUGUGUGUGUGUGUGUGUGUGUGUGUGUGGUGAGGGUGGGGAGGUAGACUACUGAACACUGCUGAUCUCCACGGUGGGUCAGUGGGCCUCUACUGACAAGUUGUAGUGAACUUGGUUCCGGUACAGACCUUAGACAGUGAAGCAAAGCUUGAACCAAAGCUGUUUCCUUGUGUGUGUGUAAGAGCGAAGGAGAGACCCUAAUGCUGUGAAACUGUUCUGUCGGCAAAUGUUUCUACUCAGUGAAUGUUGCACACGUGCUCACUGCUAAGGGGGUGCUCUGGUUGUGACACUGAGGGGGGGUGGAGGCAUGAUAGGGAGCCUCCAGCACUAUGUCUCUUCUCUGAGUGUGUUCUUCUCAAUCGGUGUGCCUUUUAAACACUUUUCUAUCACAUUGGGGCCCUUUGUGUGAUGGCAGUUUGGGGUUGGGCAGGAGCUCAGCGUUGCUCCUUCCUGUUCCCCCUGGGGUUUGACAUUAGACAAUCCUCUUUGUGUGUGUGUGUGUGUGUGAGUAACCUGCUGAGCUUCAGACCUUCAGAGAAAACCAAAGAUUGAUGGUGAUUGUAUGGGCAGAGCUGACCUUGAUGCAGCCCCGCCCUUUCUGUGACAGCACACUCCUGAGAACUCACCUGGUGUGUGUGUCUGCAAAGCCCCCUCUCACCCUUCUGUGUUUAUUUAUUGACCUGCUGUUUUGCUCUUCUCUAUGCAUCGUACUCCAUGUCAUGGUCAUCCUUCGGUCAUUCGGGUCCAUCAGGUGUCAUGGGCUCUUGUUAGCUGUCACACACACUCACACAUACACACUCCUGUGCUCCAUCCCAAAGUAGAGGGUCUGACCACCCCACACACACACACGGUUCAAUUCCUUUGGUACCUUUUCGGGAGACAUGUCCAGAGGAGGAUACUGCAAACGUGUCCCUUUGUCCUCUUUCUGUUUGCGGUCACGCUUCCAGGACUUGACCGUCGCCUCACCGCUGGAACAUGGGCUCUUUGUACAUUUUGAACUUACGGCUGUUGUGCGUCAUGGCUUUUUCUAAUAAAAGUUAAUAUUCUGCUAGUUGUCAUGGAAAUAAAUGUCAUUCUCUUGCUGCAUUCUGGGAAUGAUGCAUGGUUUCGCCUCCUUCAUCUGCAUUU